UUGCUUUUGAAACUUAUAUAUUAUCAGAAAUUAAUUAAGUGUGGAAUCAUAACCAGAUUCAUAAAUACCAGAUUCUUAAACCCUAAAGAGUGGAAUUAAGCACCAACAAUUUCUGACACAUUCGUUCUGAAGUUCUGAAGUCCCGGCCGAUAGAUUUGCUUGGUUUUCACCCUCUCGUGCAUGAUGUGCUCCAAGAGAAGCUUAUUCCUUCUCAUAAUUCCAGCCUUUUUAUGCUUUCUCUGAAUUUUCUUAAAUUCUGUACCUAAUUUUUGUAUCUCAGGUAAUCGCAUCGGAUAAAUCUGGGUAGACAUUUUUGAAACCGAUGGCUUUUCGAUUUCUUUAGAAACCUUCAGAUUCAUAUGCCUCAUAUUCUUCUCAAUAUGGUCUACAAGGAUUCUCUUGAACUGAUGGGAUUGGUCCUUCUCAGUUGACAAUGAUUUUUUGAUCAUCGUUUUCAGCUUUCUCACCGAAGGAUAGACCAGUUUCUUAGGAUCGCUGAUCUUUAUCUCUCGGUGAAUCUUCUUCUGAUUGGGAGUUUUCUCCACAGAUUUCGAAGCAGAAAGCUUGAACUUCCUCAAAUUGGUAGUCCUAAACAUCACAUCUCAUCUCUUCUGGGCUGAGCAUAUGGUCGGGUUCAUAUGCUCCUGAAUCUGGCCGUAUUCCAUCGAGUUGGUGACUACUUCUGAAGAGGCAAAACUCUUAAGUUGGCUUCUUGUUCUUCUCCUAACAGUAGGGGCUAUUCUCAUCAGGUCUCUUCUAGCGUCUUGAAAGAUGUCUCUACCACUUUUGGCAAUUUUUCAAAGGCUCAUUAUCUCUUUUGAAGACAUUUAUGAUAA